AUGGCUGGUACAGGUCGCCUAGACCUGUCUAAGCAAUCAAUACCGGGCCAGCAUCUUCUUACACUCGAACGCGACCCUCAUGCACAGCAUUCUCAACAGUUCCUCAGUUCGGCCCGGUCCUAUGCGGAUCUGAACUAUCUUUUUGGGGCCCAGGACAUAGCGAUGAUUGGGACCAUUCCGAAAACAAAUCGACGAAAAUCAAGCCAGGGAAUCGAGCAUGUGAAGCAUCGUCGGACAAGAUCUGGCUGUUAUACUUGUCGUAGUAGACGAGUGAAGUGUGACGAACACCGCCCAAAAUGUGAUAGAUGCACAAAAGGCAAUCGAGAAUGUGUAUACCCAGAUGUGCAGAAACCGGCAAAGGGUGCGGGAAACACUUCAUCUAAAGUUGGGCAGUCAAAGCCAUCAGAAAGCCCUGGUUCAUCUGAAGAUGAAUACGAGGACCGAGACGUUGAGCGUCUGGAGGUUAUUCGAGAUGAAGAUGAGGUCGAAAGCCAAUCCAAGUAUUCGAAAAAUAGUUCGAACCUCAAUGCCAGCGCACAAAGUUCGAAUUCUUCCACUCGUAUUAAAAGUGGCACAAGGCAAAGCUCAGAGACCCCGUCUUUGAUACAAGAAACAGGCUCUUCUCCGACACCCUCAACUGAAGGCUCUAUUGGGUAUUCUUCAUUUGAGCAAUUUGGCAGUAGUCCUCAAUUUUACGACCAGACAUUCGCAAAUGACUUGGGAUCCGACAACUCGAGGAACAGCUGGUCGCAUUUACCACCCGAUCUACAAUUUUACUUGACAUAUUAUUGCCAAAAUAUCACCUUCAUGCAUUACAGCUUGAGGUCCAACAACGAGGGCUUCAUUCACAAAUUGUUAUUGGAUGUCGCCAUCCGACAUGAACCACUUCUCUACGCAGUGGUAGGGUUUUCAGCUUUCCAAUAUGCAGUAGAGAAACAAGAAGGCAAAAUCCAAGACUUUCUACAGUACUACAAUAAAGCAGUAUCGUUGCUUCUAGUCUCACUAAAGAAUGGUGCUCGACAUACUACAGGUACAAUUUUAGCUAUCUUACAAUUGGCAACGAUCGAAGAGUAUCUUGGGGAUUGGGCGAAUCUUUUAGGCCAUCAAAAGGCUGCAUACGAAAUAUUGGUAGAUCUAUAUUCCCCACAAACAAUCUUUGAGACAGGUAUAGGCCGCGCCAUUUUCGGAUGGUAUACACGUUUCGAUGUCAUGGCUGGAAUUAUGGGUGGUUUUGAUGCCUCGAUCUCAAGAGAAUGGUUUUCAUAUGCACAGGAAUAUUUCAAGAAUCGAAUCGCGCAAGAACCAGAUAAUCUAGUAUGGAAAUUGGAGCAUCAGGCUUCAGCAAUGCGUCUUGUAGGCAAAGAGAUGUCGACGUUAUUUGCGAAGCAAGGAAAAGGAGAAAUCACUCAUGAACAAUUUAUCUUUGAAAAUGCAAAGAUGACACAGCGUAUGAAGGAUUGGAAAGACAAUAUGGACCCAGCGCUGCUGGAUAGUCGAUAUUUGGUCACAGAUUUUCCCCCAGCACAGCCCGGGAGUCUAUUUGAUCCACGCAUGCCAGGUGUACUUUAUCGUGGGCCGCUUUGGGCGAUUAACAUAGAUUCGAUGGAUCGGUAUGCUGUAGCCUUGAUGCAUGGGCUGCAUACUGCUCAGGCGAUGCAGAUGCCACCUGAUUUUGAAGUUAUGAACAGGUUAUCCGAAGAUUUAUGUCAGAUGUAUGAGGCAAUUUUGCAUCAUCCAGAGACACCAAAAGGGGCAGCCGUUGGCCUCCAAGGAGGUCUUGGUAUUGCUGUGUUCUUUCUAUCCAAAGAUGAAGCAUAUAAUAUGUGGAUGCGCCGAAAGUUGGCAACGAUAGAGUCUCAGGGGUUCAUACAAACUUUCGCGUUCAGGAGCAAAAUGGCAGAACUAUUUCGAGAUAAUUCUUGCAUGCAUUGGUGGUUACCAAACGACGAACUAUAUCAUCCAAUAAUUCGAUCGAUAAGAAAAUUUGUCGAGGAUCGAACCUCCUUGCCAAAGAACGCUGAGAGCAAAGACGUGCAGGACAUGAAGGCGGUUUUCUCUGCUAUGGAUAUUAGUGACCAGAGUGAUAGCUCACCUCAAAUGAGCAACAAGGGAAAGUCAGUAUCCACGGAUUUCGACGUAGCUAGCAGCUCGGGGUGGUCUCCUGCUCAGACAAGCAAUGAUUACAGUCAAAAUGAAUAUGGGGGCGACUCUAGGAGCGAACAGUCUCCCUGGAACAAUCAAACUGGGGGUUAUUGA